AGAGCGCCUGUGUUCCACCGUCUACACACCUGUAGAGGAGGAGGAGCCUGGAAUUGUGUUAUAAGAGGGGAGAGCCGCGCUCCUUCUGCUGAGAUUCCACCAGUCUGUGAGCAACAUGGGCAACUGGAUUAUCAACCAUGGACUCACGUCCUUCAUCAUUGUGAUCUGGAUGGGCAUCAACAUCUUCCUCUUUGUCUGGUUUUAUUUCUCCUACGAUUUGGGGGAUGACUUCUACUACACCAGACAUCUUCUCGGGUCGGCGUUGGCUUGGGCCAGAGCUCCGGCCGCGGUUCUCAACUUCAACUGCAUGUUGAUUCUGCUGCCAGUCUGUCGGAACCUGCUGUCCCUCAUCAGAGGGUCCUUCAUGUGCUGUGGCAGAACAAUGAGGAAGCAGCUGGACAAAAACCUGAGUUUCCACAAACUGGUGGCCUACAUGAUCGGCCUGAUGACAGCGGUUCACAUGGUCGCACACUUGCUGAACGUGGAGUGGUACAACAACAGCCGCCAGGGUGGUUACGGCAAGCUCAGCUCGGCGCUGUCCAGGCUGGAGGACACCAAUGAAACCACCUACCUGAACCCGAUCCGCAUCACAGACCUGGAUCCACAGCAGAUCCCAACCUACUUCGUCUUCACCACCAUCGCCGGACUGACCGGCGUCAUCAUCACGCUCGCCCUCAUCCUCAUCAUCACCUCCUCCAUGGAGGUCAUCAGGCGCAGCUACUUCGAGGUCUUCUGGUACACCCACCACCUCUUCAUCAUCUUCUUCGCCGGUCUGGUUUUCCACGGUGCCGGGCGAAUUGUGAGACGCCAAACAAACCGAGAAGUCCACAAUUUCACCUUCUGCAAAGAUCGCAGCGAUGAGUGGGGGAAGAUUCCCGAAUGUCCAUUUCCACAGUUUGCAGGAGGAUUCCCACAGACAUGGAUGUGGGUGAUCGGGCCGAUGGUUCUGUACCUCUGUGAGCGUCUGCUGCGCUUCAUCCGUUACAUACAAACUGUGAAAUACAGGAAGAUUGUGAUGCGGCCCUCCAAAGUUCUGGAGCUGCAGCUGGUCAAGAGUGGCUUCAAGAUGGAAGUGGGUCAGUACGUCUUCCUCAACUGCCCGUCCAUCUCGCAGCUGGAGUGGCAUCCUUUCACCAUGACCUCUGCCCCCGAGGAGGACUUCUUCAGCGUCCACAUUCGCUCGGCCGGCGACUGGACGGACAAGCUCAUCAGCAUCAUGCAGCAGUUGCCGGAGGGAGCGCAGGGCCCGAAAAUGGCCGUGGACGGACCAUUUGGAACUGCCAGCGAGGACGUGUUUGACUAUGAGGUCAGCAUGCUGGUCGGCGCUGGCAUCGGUGUCACUCCCUUUGCCUCCAUUCUGAAGUCCAUCUGGUACAAAUUCAAGGAGUCCAACCCAAAGCUUCGCACCAGAAAGAUCUACUUCUAUUGGCUCUGCAGGGAAACCAAUGCCUUCGAAUGGUUUGCCGACCUCCUCCGAGUCCUGGAGAAGGAGAUGGAGGAGCGGGGGAUGGGCGAUUUCCUGACCUAUAAACUUUACCUGACCGGAUGGGAUACAAGCCUCACCUUUCAGGAGAAUGUAAACUUUGACAAGGACACUGAUGUCGUCACGGGACUUAAGCAGAAGACAAACUAUGGAAGACCCAACUGGGACAAGGAGUUUGAGCUGGUCCGCAAAGAAUACCCCAUGUCCGUCGUGGGAACGUUCCUGUGUGGUCCUGAAGCGCUAGCCAAAGUCCUGGAGAAGAAAUGCGCAAAAUACUCAGAUGUCGACCCCAGAAAAACAAAAUUUUACUUCAAUAAGGAGAACUUUUGAAACAAAGGACACGGGCAUCAAGCCCUGUUGGUUGUAUUCAGAAAAGCAGCUGGGGGAGUUCUGGGGCGUCUUUGUUACAGAUGAAACCACUCUUGUCUGUACUUUUGUUGAAGUUGCACAACGUUUUCUGGUGUCUAUUGUGGAUGUGACCUUUAGUCAUAUUUCAUCAUGAAUACAUAAAUCAAUUGGCAUGUAUCCCCUGUUAUUGUGCAAUAUAAGCAGAAACUAAUCUCUUGUUGGUGUAAAUAUUUCUGUUUAUUUUAAAUGUAAAUAUGUGCUGAUUUAAAAUGUAUUAAAGCUAU